CGCCCCGGGGCGGGGCUUCUGCCGGAUCCCCGCUGCCCUUUCCUCCGCGGACUCUGCGGAGGCUGCUGUGUCCUGCAGAGCUCCGAGCACGUGCCGUGCCCAGCUGCCAAUUUCAAGAGAUGCCUGCCUGGAUAACUUGGAAGUAAAAGUGGUCUUCACCUCCUUAAAGGAAGUAGUAACUUACAAUCAGGCAAGUGUGGUUAUCAGAUCUGAAUGAGAAAACUGACUCCAUCAGGACUUCAGGUUUCUGACACCAUGUUUUGAGUAAUAGUUGUCUGCUGGUUCUCAGCUUGAAGAAGAUUCUACAGUCCUUAUUGAUCCUUUUUCUUGGCGUUACCAUUUUUGAAGCAAAGUUAACCUAGCUUUCUAGUUUGAGCUUUCUUUUUGGCCGUCUUUAAAAACAAUUUUUUUUUUGAUCUAUAAAAUAGACAAGAGAUAGUUCUACAAUGUCCAAGUCAUUCCAGCAGUCAUCUCUCGGUAGGGACUCACAGGGUCAUGGGCGUGACCUGUCUGCAGCAGGAAUAGGCCUUCUUGCUGCUGCUACCCAGUCUUUAAGUAUGCCAGCAACUCUUGGAAGGAUGAACCAGGGUACUGCACGCCUUGCUAGUUUAAUGAAUCUUGGAAUGAGUUCUUCAUUGAAUCAACAAGGAGCUCAUAGCGCACUGUCUUCUGCUAGUACUUCUUCCCAUAAUUUGCAGUCUAUAUUUAACAUUGGAAGUAGAGGUCCACUCCCUUUGUCUUCUCAACACCGUGGAGAUGCAGACCAGGCCAGUAAUAUUUUGGCCAGCUUUGGUCUUUCUGCUAGAGACUUAGAUGAACUGAGUCGUUAUCCAGAGGACAAGAUUACUCCUGAGAACUUGCCCCAAAUCCUUCUACAGCUUAAAAGGAGGAGAACUGAAGAAGGCCCUACAUUGAGUUAUGGUAGAGAUGGCAGAUCUGCUACACGGGAGCCACCAUACAGAGUACCUAGGGAUGAUUGGGAAGAAAAAAGGCACUUUAGAAGAGAUAGCUUUGAUGAUCGUGGUCCUAGUCUCAACCCAGUGCUUGAUUAUGACCAUGGAAGUCGUUCUCAAGAAUCUGGUUAUUAUGACAGAAUGGAUUAUGAAGAUGACAGAUUAAGAGAUGGAGAAAGGUGUAGGGAUGAUUCUUUUUUUGGUGAGACCUCGCAUAACUAUCAUAAAUUUGACAGUGAGUAUGAGAGAAUGGGACGUGGUCCUGGCCCCUUACAAGAGAGAUCUCUCUUUGAGAAAAAAAGGGGCGCUCCUCCAAGUAGCAAUAUUGAAGACUUCCAUGGACUCUUACCGAAGGGUUAUCCCCAUCUGUGCUCUAUAUGUGAUUUGCCAGUUCAUUCUAAUAAGGAGUGGAGUCAACAUAUCAAUGGAGCAAGUCACAGUCGUCGAUGCCAGCUUCUUCUUGAAAUCUACCCAGAAUGGAAUCCUGACAAUGAUACAGGACACACAAUGGGUGAUCCAUUCAUGCUGCAACAGUCCACAAACCCAGCACCAGGAAUUCUGGGACCUCCACCUCCUUCAUUUCAUCUUGGAGGACCAGCAGUUGGGCCAAGAGGAAAUCUGGGUGCUGGUAAUGGGAACCUACAAGGACCAAGACACAUGCAAAAAGGCAGAGUGGAAACCAGCAGAGUUGUUCACAUUAUGGAUUUUCAGCGAGGAAAAAACUUGAGAUACCAACUAUUGCAACUGGUGGAACCAUUUGGAGUCAUUUCAAAUCAUCUGAUUUUAAAUAAAAUUAAUGAGGCAUUUAUUGAAAUGGCAACCACAGAAGAUGCUCAGGCUGCAGUGGAUUAUUAUACAACCACACCAGCGUUAGUAUUUGGCAAGCCAGUGAGAGUGCAUUUAUCCCAGAAGUAUAAGAGAAUAAAGAAACCUGAAGGAAAACCAGACCAGAAGUUUGAUCAAAAGCAAGAACUUGGACGUGUGAUACAUCUCAGCAAUUUACCACAUUCUGGCUAUUCUGACAGUGCUGUCCUCAAGCUUGCUGAGCCUUAUGGGAAAAUAAAGAAUUACAUAUUGAUGAGAAUGAAAAGUCAGGCAUUUAUUGAGAUGGAGACCAGAGAAGAUGCAAUGGCAAUGGUUGACCAUUGUCUGAAGAAGGCACUUUGGUUUCAGGGGAGAUGUGUUAAAGUUGACUUGUCUGAAAAAUAUAAAAAACUAGUGCUGAGGAUUCCUAACAGAGGCAUUGACUUACUGAAAAAAGACAAAUCCCGAAAAAGAUCCUAUUCUCCAGACGGAAAAGAAUCCCCAAGUGAUAAGAAGUCCAAGACUGAUGGUUCACAGAAGACUGAGAGUCCAGCUGAGGGUAAAGAACAAGAAGAAAAGUCAGGCGAAGAUGGUGAAAAAGACACUAAGGAUGACCAGGCAGAACAGGAACCCAGUAUGCUUCUUGAGUCUGAAGAUGAGCUGCUUGUGGAUGAGGAAGAAGCAGCAGCUCUCCUAGAAAGUGGUAGUUCAGUGGGUGAUGAGACUGACCUUGCUAAUUUAGGGGAUGUGUCGUCCGAUGGAAAAAAGGAGCCUUCAGAUAAAGCUGUGAAAAAAGAUGCAAGUGCUUCAGCAGCAUCCAAGAAAAAACUUAAAAAGGUGGACAAGAUGGAGGAACUUGAUCAAGAAAAUGAAGCUGCCUUGGAAAAUGGAAUUAAAAAUGAGGAAAAUACAGAACCAGGUGCUGAAUCUGCUGAGAAUGCUGAUGAUUCAAACAAAGACACAAGUGAAAAUUCAGAUGGCCAAAAUGAUGAAAACAAGGAGGACUAUACAAUUCCAGAUGAGUAUAGAAUUGGACCAUAUCAGCCUAAUGUUCCUGUUGGUAUAGACUAUGUGAUACCUAAAACAGGGUUUUACUGUAAGCUGUGUUCACUCUUUUAUACAAAUGAAGAAGUUGCAAAGAAUACUCAUUGCAGCAGCCUUCCUCAUUAUCAGAAAUUAAAGAAAUUUCUGAAUAAAUUGGCAGAAGAACGGAGACAGAAGAAGGAAACUUAAGAUGUACAAGAAGCUUAAUUAUUUCAAGGAAAACAAUGGUUCUUUGAUUUUAAUGUUAACCUUUUUUAAAUACAAUACCGAUAGUUAGAAAACUAUUGUACUCUUUUGUUUUAGUGGAAAAAUAAUAGAUGUCUGUUCAUGUGUUUAAGUGUUAUAGCAGAAAGUACACAUAUGGUUAAGUUAAUGAAAAAGUUUUUGUUUCAUCAGAAUGGCAACAGACAAAAGUACUUCCUAGAGAUUGACUGUUAUAAGCUAUGAAAAACAACUUGCACCACUAAGAGAAAGAUAACAGAACCAUUCAGAAAAAUGAAAUUUAGUAGUUUGAGGCUUCAAAGAAAUGUCAACUUUUGAUUCCAUUCAAUAAAGAACAAAACCAAUUGUAUUUUUUAUUACUUUUCAUCUAAAACAUUCCACAUUUUAAUCUGAGCCUUGCAGACUUUUCAUUUGACUUCGGAAGCUGUUUUGGUUGCAUUUCAUUUUUAGAGAACUUCAUUCAUGUGAGAUUGGCAAUUGGAAUGCAGGUGCAGUUUUCUUUUAAUGUCACACUGUUUAGAUGAUAAGAAAUAUUAAGUAAUUGGCUUUAGAUUUGUAAUUUUUUUCCCUGAGUUCCUGCUAGGUUUCGUAUUCUAGUAGUCAAAUGUUAUUUCAGUGAAAUGUAAAAAUAUUCCUGUUCUCUUUGACCAGUAUUAAUUUCUUGAAAACCUAUUGCUUGUCACUUGAAUCCUGUAGUUGUCAUACAUCUCUGGUAUAAGCAACAUUUGAUUUUUGAAGUGUGUGAACCAUCUCUAUAUUUUCAGGAUGUGAUUUUACAUUUCUGCCUUUUAAAAACAGUUUGGACAUAAUUCUAUACGCACGCUUCUAAUUCAUGUACCUGCACAUGUGACCUUUGUGAGCAGAACUUUGCAUGUAUAAUCUAUGUUUACUUGUAACUCUCUGGUUAUAUACUGCUUAUAUCUGUGGAUUCAAGUUACUGAAGUGAAUACCAAUAAAAAAAAAAAUAGGCCAUGUUGAAUGGAUGGUUAAACGUUUGGAAUGUUAACCAAAAUAUUUGUCAGUUGUGACUUUUUAUUCACUAUUACAUUUUGUGCAUGCUUAACGAAUUAUUCUUGAGUGUAGAUUUGGUGUUCUAAAAACUACUAAAGAUCUCGGUUUACUCCUGGUGGAUUUCUUGUUCUUGUUACAUAAAUAAAAAUGAGGCUUUUUAGUUUAAA